GCAAAAUCUAUGUACACAAUCUAUUAACCUCAGUUAAUUAUUUGUAAUUCGUCGCAAUCUAAAUCCCGAAAUUCAUAAAUUAAGUUCGCAGAGAUUUGUUUUAAAAAUGCCCAAAAGAAAAAUACAUUCCCUUGACUCUGAUGAGGAAGAUGAGAAGAAAGAUAAUGGAGUAUUACAUGUUGAUGAUAUUGAAGGUCAGGAAGAUGGUAUGGCAAGACAAGAAGAAGGACAUAGAAUGACUGCCUUUAAUAUGAAAGAAGAAAUGAAUGAAGGGCAUUUUGACAAAGAGGGCCACUUCAUAUGGAAAAACGAUGAAGAAAUACGAGACAAUUGGUUGGAUAAUAUUGACUGGCAUAAAGUUAAAGAUAAUCCGAAUAGUCAAUACAAUUUAACUGAUACUGCUCUUGGGCUUGGAGAUGACAGUGAUGGUUCCGACUUGGAAGCAUUCGAUGAAACAAAAAACUAUCAAGAAAUGUUGAAUUUCAUGAAUCCUGGUGAAACUGUCAAUAAAGCCCUUAAUAGGCUUGGAGGUAAAAACAAGAAAUUGUCAAGUGUUGAAAGAUUGAAAAGGAAAAAAGCUGGAACAUUAGUGGAAAACCAAGAUGUUGUCAAACUGACUGCAUUAGCCAAUGAUAACUUGACCGCACUGGGAAAUAUGAAUAUAUAUCAGGAAACGUACGAAAGUAUUUCUAAAAAGAUACACAAAAAAAUGAAACCACUGGAGGCAGAAGAUGACAUGUUCGCAGACGAUUUUAACUCUGCCGCUAAACCAUCUAGUUCCAAAGCAGAAACAGAAGAUGAAAAAACGGGCAAUGAAGAAGUAAUGUGGGAAUUCAAAUGGAAUCAAGAUACGGAUGAGGUUCAUGGACCGCACUCAAGCUCCCAAAUGCUAAAGUGGGUAAAAGAGGGUUACUUCAAAAGUGGCGUCUUUGUUCGUAAACAUGGCGAAAAUUCCAAUUUCUAUACAUCAAAUAGAAUCGACUUCGAUUUGUAUAUCUAGAUUAAUUAUAAUUGUUAAGUAAAA